UCUUUAAAAAAAAUCGUUUUGAUCUGACGCGGCAAUCGCCGGUUCGUCAGAGCCGCCGCCCUGCUCCGCCGCAUUCAGGCGGUUCUGCUCUGGAGAAAGCAAAGGAGAGCUUCGCGGGGGUGCCGAGCUGAUUUUCGCGCCCUUCCUUUAUUAUCAUUAGUUGAAUCGGCCGCCCCCUUAAACAAAUCACAAGCGAAAUCCGUUUUAUCGUCUCCUCGGCGAAGCAAAACUCCCCUGGUCCCUGAGAAGCUGAAACUCAUGGAGCCAUCUCUAUCUCUAUCCCCAUCACCAUCUCCGUCGACGGGCGACCACGGCUCGGAAACAGAACCAGCGACGUCGAUCACCGACCUCGAUGUCGACGCACUAGCACACUGCACCAGCUACCUGAGCUUGCAGGACGUAUCGAACAUGGCCAUGUCCUGCAAGUUCCUCAACCGCGUCGCCUACUCCGACCUUGUGUGGCACCGUCUCUACAGGGAGCAGUGGCCGCAGCAAUUGCCUCCCAGCUUUACAUCGGGAGUCCGUGAAGCGUAUUUGGAUCGGGUUUCUGCACUGCAGCAGUUUAAAUUCGUCGAUCCCUUAGUCGCCGACUUCUAUACUGAUGCAAAACCUUACCAACACAUCUUAUUGGACAAGAAUCUGAUGGUUCUUUCUCAGGGCUCAUCGAUACAAAUGAUGAAGAUUGAUAGCUUCUUGCAUGGGCGGGAUUUUGUUCUCCUCCUUAAUGAUCACAAGGCUAGAGUUACUUGUACAAGACUUUUCCCCUUUAAUGAAACCUCCCUAUCUCGUAGUGAGUCACAGAGCAAAGAAAAGAUCCUUGUAUCCUCGAGUUCUGAUCAUUCCAUUCGGCUAUGGUGGAAGGGUUCAUGCCAACGAUGUUUCAGAGGUCACAAUGGUCCAGUUUUAACCCUGUCAGAUAAGUUAUUGGGUGAUGGAAGUGCCAAGUCAUUGGCGAGCGGAGGGGAAGAUGGUACCGUCCGCCUUUGGUCACUUAGUUCCAGUGGAAAACGAGGACAGCAGGCCUUAAAGGCCACAUUUUAUGGGCACGAGAAACCAGUGAAAUUGGUAUCAGUCGCUGAGUAUAAAACCUCUCUUUUGGUGUCCAUUUCCAGAGAUUCUAAGAUACGGGUUUGGGAUGCAACCGCAUCUUCUACUGUUCGGUCAUCUUGCUGCGUGGGAAUGACUUCAGUCCUUGGCACUCCAGUAAAUAUGAAGUGCCAUGAGUCUCUCCUGUAUGUUGCUGCUGGAACCCACGUUGUUGCAAUCGAUUUAAGGACAAUGCAAAAAGUUUCCACCUUAGCAGUUUCAAAAUCAAGGCUAUGCUCAUUUGAGAUCCUGCCCUUGAAGUCAUCACUCUGCACUGGUGAAGAUGACAGAGCAAUUUUGUGGGAUAUCAGGAAAAACCAGGCCAAGGCAAAAACAGACCCUGUAGCUGAGUUGGAUGGGCAUAUUGGUCCUGUGAUCCACCUGCAUAUGGAUCCACAGAAGAUAGUUACGGGAACUCAAAAAGAUGUUAACAUCAAUACUUGGGAGGCUGGCACGGGAAACUUUACGAACUCUUUGACUUGUUGCACCCCUGAGGAAGUGGGUCCUUGUCUUGGGUGUUCUGCAAUAGCCGUGGAUGGUUACCGAAUUGUUACUGCUGCAAAUGGAAAGGAAGGCGGAUUAUUACGCUUUCGGGAUUUCAAAAAUGCGAGUUGUCCAGUCUCAGUUCAUGGAGAUGAGCAGUCAUCAAAAUUCUGGGAUCCUCCUGAGUCAUUGUAUUCUGAGAAUGAUGAUUGAGGUUGCUGAAUAGUGUUUUUCUUUGUAUAUAUAUUUUGUGUUGUCCCUUGAAAUUAGCCUCAAGUCAAUAAAAUUUCUUAUGAGAUCCCAAUAUAAGGACAUUGAUCGACAUUCGCCGGCCUGCCACAACUUUUGCUAAAUCAUGAACGUGUUUGGUAUAUUCCCAUGUGUAGACUGCCCCAAGAAAUGCAAGCAAAAAGCUGUUGGCUCUCUCAAGAUCUGAAAGCAAUUGUGUUGUCCUCUGUUGAUCCUUUUCGGUUUCCAGUGGAUGCAGAAGGGAAUGUACGGUACGCUAGUUGGUGAAUAUCCAAUCUUAGUGUAAUUAAGUCGUGAACUCUAAUGAAGCAAAAAGCCGCUUAUAUUGACAGAAUGGGGGAAAGUAUUAUUUAAUAGACAGGAAUUUUACGUUUUCUGAUCAGAACCAAUAGGAUUACAUCCCGUUCUGUCGGUCGAUCAGCCAAAAGGAUCUACAAAUUAAAUGUAUCCAUGCAGUUUUCUC